AGGACAUCAGUAUACAUUACACUCCACCAAAAGCUCCAACACCAACACCACGUCUAUUCCUCUCAUCUUCGCGUCCAUUAUCUAACACAUAGACUCCAUAUUCGAUUGCUUCCUCACAACAAGAAAUCCCUUUGGUUCACAUUUCCCCAACUUCUUCUACUUUUUACACAACAUGAUCAGAAUCGUCACUAGCGCGAAAACUGCCGCAGGAACCCCAACACCAAUACCGAUUUUAGCUUCUGUGGUUAGGCCGCCUUUGCCGCCCCCGCCGCCGUUUGAUUGCGAGGGACUAUUAACAGUCACCGUGUUGUUGUUGUUGUUCGUAUUUGUGUCGCGCUUGAGGUUGAGAGCACGAGGUUGGAUGGCAAGUAUUGGGAGCUUUGAUGCAAGUGGAGUUUCUGGGAAUGAUUAGAGGGUUCUAGAUUGGAUAAAAUGAGCUGAAAUAAUGGAGGAAAAAGAAGCUAGACGCUGUAUAUCGACCCAGCAAGAUUGUGCAGUGCCAUGUGCACUGCAGGAGCGGAACAUUCCUCCAUGGAUAUGAACAAGUCGACGGAAAGGCAAGACUUGCACAUACCUUCGCAGGUCACCACUGAUACUUUCAAGAUCUUUAACACCCAUUUCAC